GGUCUGGGGAGAGCUCCAGGGGUGGAGACCCCACUGACGGACGGCCUGGACAUCCGCCCAAGAACUUCCUCAGAAGCUGCUUGUGCUAGGCCUCAGCUUCCUGUUGCCGGCAGAUCGGCCUGGAAGGGAGGUUAUCUAGGCCUCAAAGGAAAUGAGGGUUUGGCAGAGAGGAGCUCCUGGAACGUGUGGAGACCCACAGACACACAUGUGAGCUCCCACACGCGGCCAGCACAGGGUCCCCGGGAGACACAGGCCAUGAGGGCAGGAGACACGCGUGGUCCACGCAGACGGCCCGGCGGGGGCUGGACGGGAGGCCAGAGCAAGGGGGCUGUGGCCAGGACUUUCAGGGAGGAAGGGGGCUGAGCGGCAGAGCGAGAGCGAGAGCGAGCGUGAGCUGGAGGGCACGUCUCCGGUCUGUUUCCGAGCUUCCCUCCGUCAUGUCUCCACCACGGAGUGUCUACUGCACUCAAGGCAGAGCUGGUGUAAAGCAGGGCGCGGACGUGGCGCCCCACCCCUGCCAGCGCGGAGCCUGCAGCGCCCCCUGGGGAGCCGCUGGGUCCCUGAUGGCAAAGGGCAUUCCUUGGGCACCGGCCAGGCCAGGAGAGGGGCGAGGAAAGGGGCUCUUGGGGAGCCCAGCAGGUUACAAAGCUCUCAGGCUGGAACCCAGGCUUGGGGGCAGCCAGGAAGGAGGCCAGCUGGGCUGUGGAGUUACUCUCAGAAAAUACAUUGUAAGCCCUAAGGGGUGAGUGUGGGAGCAGCUGAAAGGUCGGCAGUGAUCCUGUUCUCGGGCUGUUGAACGCAGUGGCCUGGUAGGAGCAGGAUCCCACGAUCCUCGGGGGGCAGGGCAUGAGUUAGGAGCCAGGAAGGAAUGUCACCUCAGUCCCCCCUUUCUGCACCUGGCGCUUGCGCGAACAUCCCGCUCCUCCCCUAUCCCAUGACUGACUCCCUGCAUGCCUACGCCCAGGGGAGAAUGCAAGCCCGCUUCCAGGUAUGUGCCAUCCCUUUGUACUCCUUUCCCACGCUUGGAGGCAUCUGUCCUGGCUUUUCUGAUAAAAAAACAAAAUAAAAGCUAUGUGCGGGAUUCAGGGGCGGCUGAAUCUCUCCCUUGCAUAGGCAGCCCUGCACAGCUGAUCAGAUUGCUGACUGAGGACCUUAUCUCAGGGCGCCACGACCCUGGGUGGCAAGGACAGAGCUCCUGAGGUCCCAGGACGCUGAUGUGGGGAGACUCCCCCAGAGUGACCAGGCACAGGGUGCCGGGGCAUCACAAUGGCCCAAGACUAUAUGCAGUGGCGGUCGCCCCAAAGACCCGGCCGCUCCGACCCUCCCGCAGCCUGGCCUGCUCGUGCGUGUGUAUCAGUCUGGACUCUGCCACUGCUGACCAAACCCCUCUGACCAGCCUGAGCCGAAAGGAGAAGUGGCUGUCUUUUUUGUUGUUGUUGUUAUGUUAAUCACCAUACAUUACAUCAUCAGUUUUAGAUGGAGUGUUCCAUGAUUCAUUGUUUGCGUAUAACACCCAGUGCUCCAUGCAGAACGUGCCCUCUUUAACACCCAUCACCAGGCUAACCCAUCCUCCCACCCCCUUCCCUGAGAAGUGGCUAUCUUACAAAACGGAAAGGCUGCCUGGCCAGAGGGCCGUGCCAGGCAAGGUGGCCCCUGGACCCGCCGCCAGGAUAGUGUAAGCUUCUCCAGGACAUCAGCCACCUCUCUUCUCCAAGUGUGGCCUCGUGAUGGCUCUCUCCUCCUCAGGGUGGCCAGUGGCCGUAAAGGACCCUCAGAAAUCUUCCUCCCUGCUCUGAGUUCCCUUUCCCAAAGUUCUAAGGAAGUUUCCAGAACUGCUUCUCACCCUCUUGAGUUAGCCUCGGCCGGCAGUCAGUUCUGACUCACAUGUCCAUCCCUCGGGCCUUGGGGGCGGGGGUGGCAGGCAGCUAGCUCUGUCCACACCACAGGACCUGGGAAGGGGAAGGGUUGGGACCUCCCGAGGGAGGGACGCUGGGCAGGUGGAAACAGCAGGUGACCGUUCUGGGGUCAGAGCCCCAGGAGAGCAUGGGCUCGACGACGAUCUUGAGUGGGCUGAGCCCCCUGCAGGCCGGCAGGGCCGUCUUCGGGACGGCCUGUGUGGACGGAGCCCAGGCAGCUGUGAGGCUGGCAGGCAUCAGGUUUCCUGAAGGGCGCAGGGAUGUGGCUGCGCUCAGUGUGGUCUGGGUGCGGGGACCGCCCCGCAUCAGGGUUCCAUGUUCCAGCACAGCCCUGGUUGGGCCACAGGGAAACAGGCAUAUGUAUGGGGAGUGGGGUGGGGUCGGGGCUGGGAACCCUCGAGAAGCCCGUGAUCUGUGCCCCGAGGAGAGAUGACCGGGACAGGGCAGAGCUCGGAAGGUGGCGCUGGGGGUGGAUUUGAGAAUGAGCAGGACUUGAAGAUCAGUGGAAAGUGGUAGCAGUGGGGGGGUCUGGAGGGUUCAGGGCAGAGCCUCUGGUUUCCUGAAAGUGGACCCAGGACAAGGGGAGAUCUGGAGAGCCAACUGGGACUUGCUGAGGGUGCAGGGCCUGGAGGACGCAGGGUCGACAAGGCGGCAGUGUGCUCGGGUGACCGCAUGGGCUGUGGUCACAGAAGGGGUAAGAACGACCGGGAAGGGGCGCCUUGGCGGGGGGGGGGGGGGGCUCAGUCCUUUAAGCGACCGGCUCUUCGAUUCGGCUCAGGUCAUGAUCUCAGGGUCGUGGGAUCGAGCCCUGCAUCAGGCUCCACGAUGAGUGCAGAGUCUGCUUGUCCCUCUCCUUCUGCUCUCCCUCUCUCAAAUAAAUAAAUAAAAUCUUAAAAAAAAAAAAAAAAGAAUGACUGGGAGGAAGUGGCCGGGCUGUCCCCAGCCCGCUGCUCCAUCCUUCCUGGGGCUCUGUCUGGCCCUAGUUUCCGCCCGCCUUGCCUGCUCAGGCUUCUGCACUUUCACUGGACUGUCAUACCCCUCCCUCAGGCCCCCUCCACUGAGAAGGGGCGGGGAGAAGGGCCAUCCUUCCUCCAGGCCAGCCUCUGAGCUGAUAAGAGCUCCCCAGUGACUCUCUUCACACACCAGCUCGGGGCCCCGCCGAGCAGCCAGCACCAUGAAGGACGAGGUGGCUCUUCUGGCCACUGUCACCCUCCUGGGAGUCCUGCUGCAAGGUGAGCUGGCUCCUGUUUUGGGAGGGGAGUGGGCCCUGGACUCCUGCAGCCUGCCUUCUGCCCUGCAGGCCCUGGGGAGGGGCUGGAGGGCACAGGGCAGGGGGAGGGGCAGAGGCAGGGCCCCUAGCCCAGACUCCUGGGGCCCCAGUUCUUCCCACCCCAGUUGAAGGCUGAGAAGCUUACACUGUCCUGGCGGUGGGUCCAGAAGAGGGGCAGCCGUGGGCCUGGUGCAGCCCUACUCCAGCUGAUCCUGCCCUCUCCCACUGGUCCCAGCAGGGCCCAGCUCUGCCUUCAAAGGCAUCCUCUCUAUGCUGGGAUCCACAUGGAGCUGGACAGGGUUGGAAUCUGCUCCCUGAGCCCCCAAAGGGGCCUGUGCGGUGGCCUUUUAGACUGGCCCUAAAGGACACAUUCCCAGGCUAGAUAUUCUUGCCACUUGGGCCACCGUUACCCCAGGCUGUAGGGGCUAGGACAAAGCACAGCCUGGGCCGGGCCCCGCGGGGGCCGGAGCAGACAGGCUGACUUGAUCUCCAGCAAGCUUGGCUCGUAGCCCCUCCUCAUGGAGCCACAGGCCCCCCUCUAGGUCCUACACUGAUGAUACACAUGCCCUUGCUGGAAGGCAGCUGGAGACAACCAGCACUGGGGCUGUGUGUAUGUGGUGGGGACCUGGCCUGAGGCCAAGAGAAGGCCCCUGUGCUCUUAGAUCCUCUGGGGCCAGCCCACCCUCCACACCCACCCAUGCUGGAAUGGAGGGAGACAGAGCCCCAGGAGGCCCGGGGUGGGCCUAGAAGAGUCCCAGCAGCAACCACCUGGGGCUAGGGGAGGGGAUGUCUGUGAGAUUUAGGUCGGGGUCCGAACACCCCGACAGAGAAAUUCAGGCGGGAACCCAUACCAUAGUUUGGAGGCACAGGGCCCAGGCUUGAGUGAUCCUGGCCUGAUGUAGGGUCAAGAGAUCCUCCCCGCCUAGCGGGCCCUGUAGGUGGGGACCAGGAACUAUAAAUCACAGGGUGUGUGCUCCCCAGUACCUGGUAGGGAAGCCACCUCCGCCCUCAAGCCCUGGUGGUAUGCCCUGUUCAGGGACCCCGGAAGUCUAGGUCCAUGCCUAAAGAGUGGGAGCUGGUCAUUUGCCUGUGUUUUGCAAGUCAAGUGAGCUUGCAGGUCCCUUCCGGGUACAGGUGUACCUGGGGAGGUGGGGUGGGAGUGGGGGAACAGGGUCUCUUGGCAUCCCAGGCCCGCACCCUGCCCUCCCUCUUGAGCAUCUUGGAUACAGGGCAGGCCCAGAAACAAGGGGUGCGGGCGAGAGAUCCCCUUGGCCGGGCUUUAUUUUCCAGGAGGGCUUUAAAGGGGAGUCGUGACAAGGUCAGCAUGGAGAAAGGAGAAAAGGUAGGGACGCGACGGAGGGUGCGGGCCUCGGGGCAGCCGGACCUGACUCCCGCCCAUCGUCGCCCCCCAGCCUAUUUCUCCCUGCAGGUGAUCUCGGCGCGCAGGGUCUUCCGCGUGUCGCCGCCGCUCACCACCGGGCCGCCGGAGUUCGAGCGCGUCUACCGAGCCCAAGUGAACUGCAGCGAGUACUUCCCGCUGUUCCUCGCCACGCUCUGGGUCGCCGGCAUCUUCUUUCACGAAGGUACGGCGGCCCUGUGCGGGCUGGUCUACCUGUUCGCGCGCCUCCGCUACUUCCAGGGCUACGCGCGCUCGGCGCAGCAAAGGUGAGGACCUGGGCGGGCCUCCGGGGAGGUCACGAGGGGCCGGGGAAAGGGGAGGGCGUGGGGGCUUGUGGGCGGGGUCCUGACGGCCCGGGCCGGGGGGCGGG